AUGAGAAAGCAAAAUGAAACCUCUGUAGCUGAAUUCAUCCUGUUGGGCUUUUCUAACUUUCCUGAAGUCCAAGAGCAGAUGUUUGGUGCUUUCUUCCCCGAAAUGCUGGUGGUCCUGUGCACGGAGAGAGCCACCAUUUCUUUUGUGGCCUGCUUUGUACAAAUGUAUUUCAUUUUUCUUUUUGGUGGGACUGAAUGUUUUCUCUUGGGAGCAAUGGCUUUUGACCGAUUUGCUGCAAUCUGCUAUCCUCUGAACUAUCUAGUGAUUAUGAACAGAAGGGUUUUUGUGAAUUUAUUGAUGCUUUCGUGGUUCUCAGGGAUCAUUGUGGCUACUGUGCCAACCACGUGGUUACUUCAUUUUCCCUUUUGUGGCCCCAAUGAAAUCAAUCAUCUCUUUUGUGAGGGCCCCCCAGUACUGGAGCUUGUAUGUGUAAACAUCUUCCUGUUUGAAAUCUAUGCCUUCACAGGUACUAUUUUGAUUGUCAUGGUUCCCUUCUUGUUGAUCCUUUUGUCUUACAUUCGAAUUCUCUCUGCCAUACUGAAGAUGCCAUCAACUACUGGGAGGCAAAAGGCCUUUUCCACCUGUGCCUCUCAUCUCACAUCUGUCACCCUCUUCUAUGGCACAGCCAGCUUGACUUAUUUACAACCCCAAUCCACAUACUCACCAGACACCAAGAAACUUAUAUCCUUGGCUUAUACAUUACUUUCACCUCUGCUGAAUCCACUUAUCUACAGCUUGAGAAACAAUGAGAUGAAAAGGGCCAUGAUGAAAUUAUGGCAAAGAAAAGUGACUUUACACACAGUGUGA